GACACUGGUCGUUGCCCGCGAGAAUCAGGGCGCUCGCGCACCGUCCGUUGCCUGACUUCUGCUAGAACUAAUGGGUGUCUAACGUUAGCUAACUGGAGGCUAAAGUUCCCUAAAAUAAAUAAACUGCAUCCUUACUCAGAUGUCAAAUAAGAAAUUCAAGCGGCUGGACUGACAUAAUGUCUUCUAUUUCAAAGCGUAAAAGAAACACACGGGACAUGAGAUGUGUGUUGUUUCCAGAGGACGUCAAAGAAACUUUCUCCGGGAGGAGCUGUGAGCACUCUAAAGCUACAAAGUCAUGGAAGCGAUGUGGUGAGAGCUUCUGGGACGCUCCUGUGGUCAAGAAACCUCAAACAACAGGAAGAACAUGCAGGACUGUGCAGCAGUUGAGGCAGUCAUCCAAGCUAGUGAGGCAUGGCACAGGAGAAGAGGAUCCCAUCCACAUUGCAUGGAGCUCAAGUGAUGAGGAGCAGUCUGAUAAUGAAUGUCAGCUCCAUCUUCCUCUCAACGCCACAAAGGACUUGGUGCAAUGUAAACCAUGCCCUCAGGCAAUGGUCAGCUCUUCCAGCAGAUACCUCCGUUUGUUCAACACAGGAGCAGACACAGAUGACCUUCCCUCCAUUGAUUCAGAUAGUGAAAAUGAGAAACAUGAGAAUUCUACCUCAAAGGAACAAAAUCCUGUGGUGAUGGGUGAGAUCUCGGACUAUUCCUCUUCUGAUAGUGAAGCAGCUCCAGAGCAGGACAGCCGGCUGACCUACUCUUCUCUGAAACCAACAGAGCAUCGCCGAAGGUCUGUCAGUGAGUGGGUUCGGUCUGCACAAGCACUGCUUCAGACGCCUCAGAAACAAACUGACAGAGCGUUGAAGACACCUGAAGACUCUGGCAAAAAGAGGCGCCGGUUUGAAUGUAGGGGACUUGCAGAGAGACUGAAUAGGCUACAGUGCCGACAGAGGUCAGCUGUAAGCUUCUGGAGGCACCAGUCUGAGUCCAGCAUUACCACAGCUACAGAAAAGACAGGUGUGUUAGUGCUACAUGUGCGGAACGUGCGGGAUUUUUGUGGGAUGCAGGCUGCGUUGUGUGAGAGACCUUAUGAGAAGAGAGAGCCAUGUGUGGCUCUUUUCAGCAAGGAUACAGCCACUCACUUGGCGCCAGCUGUAGGUGACACUAUCUGUGUCUAUCCACCAUGUUAUUGCUUUUUUUGUCACCUCCCUCAGGCAGUAAUAAUUUGUCUAAUUCUUUCAUGCUGCAGGCAAAAUUUGAUUGUUGAGGGGGAGCAACAUCCCGUAAUCCUGAACACCCAUUUCAGUCAGAAAGUUUUAUCAGGGGUAAAGCAGGAUAGCAGUGUUACCUGCCCAAGAGUUCCAUCCUCAGAGAAGAUUAGACCCUACCCUUUAAUCAGGUGCUUAUGGCAGAGCGAGAAAUGUAGCCCAAGCAAACAGAUGUGUGCACAAGCUAAAAGCGAUGCAGGAGAAGCAUUCGAGUCUCUCCUGGACGCUGUGGAGACUUCCUGGCCAUCAGGAUCUCUUUGUGGCCCUUUGGAGGUUGUGGUUCAGAGGGUCUAUUUCCUUCCUGUCAAACACUCCUCUACCAAAAACUUACUUGGACACAAAACUGUUCGCAAGCCUCUGCCUGGACCAACGCAAAAGCGGAACAUUGGCAGGUUUUGUAUGCUUGUGCAAGAUGUUUAUGGCGUGUUCAGUGAGGUGGAGUUGCAGUAUGUAUCUUCAGAAGUGGAGCUAAAACACCGUAUGGAGCAGCUGGAGGGUAAAGUGUGUGUGCUGCAGGGCCUGAAAGUGAUCCAGCGCCUCACUCGUGAGAGAUGUACUAAGCUUUUCAGUUUGAUUGACAGUUUGUGGCCUCCUUUGAUUCCUUUGAGGGUUCAUGGAGAGCAGUCAUGCCAUCAGACAGACAGAGUCCCAUCACCUAGCUUCUGUUAUAGGCUGGCUGGACAACAAGGCGCUGUGUUACCUCAACAUGUGUCCCCACUAUACCGCCCACCUGUAGUUCUCACCCUCCAAGAGGUCUUACAGAAUGAGCCUACUAGUGGCUGGUGCAGCUUCAAAGCAGUUGUGGUGUAUAAGAGAGAACAGAAAAGUAACAAAUCCCUUAACCAGAGUGUAGGAGAGGACCUCUUGCUGUUUGUCACUGACUCCAGCCUGCAGAGCACAGGGAGCACUAGCAGAACACUGCCUGUGUAUGUGAGCACCUCUUGCCUGCUCCAGACCUGCAUCAGGGAGGCCAUUACAUCCCCCCAUCUCAGACCAACACUAGUUUUUAGAGAUGCAGUGAUGGAGAAUGGUCGAUUAUUUUGCUGGGAGCAGUCUGUGAUCCAGCUGGAGUCUGAACAGAGCUUUUUUUUGCCGCAGCCCGUUCUGCUGGACCAGCUAAGUUCAGAGAGCGCAGCCUGUUCUCUCUGCACUCUUACAGGAGUGGUGAUUGAUGUGGACGAGGAAUCUGCUUUCUCAUGGCCCGCCUGCAGUCGGUGUGGAAGUGACUGCUUAGAGGCAAUACAGACCAAACAGGAAGCAUUUCUUUGUGCAACAUGUGGAGCUGUCGACACACCAACUACAAAGAUGCAGCUUGAAGUAUUCAUUAGUUGUCCGUUACUUAAUCACUGUACUGUGAAAGUUAAGCUACAGCAGAAAUCCAUUAUGUCCCUCUUGAACUCCACAGGAUGUGCUGAGAAAUAUGAAGUGGAGAAUGUACUUGGAAAGGAAGUUGGUCCUCUCCGUGCAUUCAUUCAUGUUAUCAGCAAGAGGACCACCCUUUGGAUGAGUUUGGACGAGAUCAUUCUUUGACUCGUCCUUGUUAAAACACACCUGUGGAUCUUGCAACAUAGUUGUCACAGCCAUCCUAAUAAAUCUACAUUGAAAUGAAAUAUGUCUUUUACAGACUCUUGAGUGUUUGUGUGCCAUCAUCUCAUGUUGCUCAGUUCUCUUUAGUGGUAUAUUCUGAAUUUAAAAAUGCUACAGCUACAAACUAUAAGCAGCCCAUCAGAAAUAUUCCGCCAUCACACACCACUCUAAAAAUGAGUUGUUGCACAGUGCUACUUGUAGAAACAUAUUGGUGUUUGCUAGUAUACAAAAUAUAAAUAGCUUAUGUUUUUUCUGUGUUCUUUACAAAUGUGCAAUGUUCUAAUAGUCCUUACAGAGAUUUUUUUUCACACAAUAUUUCAGACUUCCAAAAGAAUGUGUAAUUGAUUAGAAAAUGUGUGUAUUUUUGUAGCAUGUAUUUUGCACCCUUCACCUGAAAUAAAAAAUUGCCCUACCCUG